AAUUCUACCGAGCAGUUGGUUCUAAGCCAUUGUCGGAGCCGGACGCUCAUCGCCUCUCUGGCCUGGUCUGGAAUAAUUCAUAGGUUUUCCAUUUUUCCCGCUCCUACCUUUGCCCUCGUGUAAUUGUGCAGUUUUAGUGCAAAAUAUAUUUAAAAAAAAAAAUUUGCAAGAUUUACACGACAAAGAGUCUUGAUCGAUAUAGUGAUUUAAAAGGUUUAUUUUAAGCUUCGACUGGUGAUAAUUAUCGGUUUUAAUUCGUGGUUGUUGGAUAAAGCGUUCCGACAUAAAUACAAACACGAAUAUGAAGAUGUCAUCGAGUCAUCGUCGUCUUAUUUUUUGCGGGUUGCUCUUCCUGAUCUCCUUCCUAGGCGGUGUGACGUCACAGCGGACGUCACUGGACGUGGCUCUGAAGAAUGUGUACCGUCCCCUACGAUUGCUGGGACUGGCCUUCACCGGACGAUCUGGCGACGAUCCACAAAACGUGCAACGCGUUCGAAAUGCAGGGAAAACCCAAAAAUCCAAUCCACGGACUCGAGCACUACUGGAGUUCUGCGACGCGGAGCACGGACCCGGAAGACGGAGUGAGGAGCGACCGACUAGUGUCCAUCGUCUUCGGCCCGGAGACAUUGAUGUAAUUGGCGCAAUGGGCGACUCUUUGACUGCCGGCAACGGAAUCUUUGCCACGAAUCUGCUGCAUGUGACUGUGGAGAACAGGGGUGUGGUCUGGUCGAUUGGAGGACAAUACAAUUGGCGCAAGUACCUUACGCUGCCCAACAUCCUCAAGGAGUUCAACCCGAAGCUGUAUGGCUAUGCCAUCAAGGACGGCCUGUCGACGGAUCGGACCUCUCGAUUCGAUGUCGCCGAACUGGCAGCCAUGUCCCGGGACAUGCCGUACAUGGCCAAGGUCCUGGUCAAGCGGAUGCAGCGCGAUCCCAACGUUAACAUGACCCAGGACUGGAAACUGGUUACUCUCUUCAUUGGAAAUAACGACUUUUGCACGGACAUUUGCUAUUAUCCGGAGCCGGAGAAGACUGUGGAGUGGCAUGAACGGAAUAUGCUGAAAACCUACCGAUACCUCAGGGACAAUGUUCCCCGCCUCAUGCUGAACGUGGUGCCCGCGCCCAAUCUCCGGUUUCUUACCAAUCUCAUGGGUCUUCCUCCAGUUUGUUACAAUACCCUGCGCUUCGAGUGUCCCUGUUUGGUGGGGAAGGGGAAGGCUCAGCUGGAUUAUUUGGAGGCGAUUAUGAAGCGCUGGAUUGCCAAGGACUACGAGAUUGCCAAUCGGGAGGAGUUUAACACGGAGACUUUUACAAUCAACGUGCAGCCCUUCUCCCAGUUCCGGGACUUUCCCCGUACCCGUUCUGGCCAAACGGAUACACGAUUCUUUUCGGAGGACUGCUUCCAUCUAUCCCAGCGGGGCCACGCCUCGGCGGCCAACUCGAUCUGGAAUAAUAUGCUGGAGCUGCCGGGCGAAAAGGGCGGAUUCGUCACCCAGCUCUUCGAGACUUUCCGAUGUCCGAGCGAGCAAAGACCAUACCUCAUUACCCGGGAGAAUAGUCGUCCGGAGUUUGUUGUCUAAUCGAGAGAGUGGGGUUUGUGAAUCCUCUGUGAACUCCCUGUGAUAUCGCACCUAAGUCUUUUUUUCCCGAUUUUGCCUAAAUAUUUAUAGUUUAAGUUAGCAGCACGUUAAGUGUAAAUAAGUGAUGAGAAUCAGAAUGGUAAAUAAAAUAAUAUUCAUGAUGUA